AUGAAAAUAGCGACAAUAAUUAAUUUUAUUUUUUUUAUCAAAAUUGUUAAAAGUCUUAACGAUUUUCCAUCUUUAAUGAUUGCUAAUGCAACUAUGAUUAUUGUCAUAGAGAAAUUAUUCUACGAAAGGAAAGUGUUAAUUAAAGAAACGAAAAUGCCGACGAGUGAGGCCUUUGAAAAGAGUGUAGCGUCAUUCACUAGUGCUGUAACUAAAAUAGCACGUGAGCGUAUGAAUAUCAGCGGGUUAUCUAUUCAUUUAUCUCAAGAUACUGGAACAAAUCUGGCACGAGACUACACUAUUUUAUUGUCUGUAGCCACGUGCGAAACGACUUGGGAUUUAUUCAAACGAGCUCGAGCUCAAAAACUCGUGCAUUUAGCAAUCACAGACAGAGACUGUCCGAGAAUACCCGCUGAUGAAGGAAUAAGCAUUCCGCUGAUAGACGUCGGUGAAGAAUUACCUCAGAUAUUUUACGACUUACGUAUGAGCCGUGGACUAGAUUGGAACCGGGUCAAUUUUAUUCACGAUGACGCUUAUGGGAAAAUUAUCGGGAAAGUGAUCGAAGCGUUUUCUGAUGAGCUUCCGGACUCUAAAUUAGGUCUAGCCUCUCAUACAUUGGCCUCAUUGAGCCGCGGGAGGUCUGAAGUACUCACUAGACGUCAUAUCAGAGAUCUUUUAUCUAAAUAUCACAAGCCGCGGCCUAUAGAUCAACAUUUUUUGGUGAUUGUUGGUUACAAAAUCGUUCCAUUGUUUAUUGAGACGGCCAGGGCGGCGCGACUCCUGCAUCCGAAGGCCCAGUGGUUGUUUGUGGUACCGGAUAUGCCGGACGCGAGAGGAAAUGUCUCUGUUUUUGUGGACUAUCUUGAGGAAGGUGAAAAUCUUGCUUUCCUGUAUAAUUUUACGAAAAGGAAUUUAAAGGAUUGUCGCGCUGGCGCGAUCUGUCAUGCUCGGGAACUGGUCGGGUCACUGGGGGUCGCGUUGGAAAAAGUUCUUGCCCAGGAGAUUAAACUGUACGAGAGCAUCACUGAAGAAGAGUUUGAAGCCAGUGGGGUCAAUAAGUUCGUCAGGAGUCGGAAUAUUAUUACAUAUAUGAGGAACGAACUCUACAACGAUUCAAAAUCAACGGGACGCGGUAGCACGUGCAACAGCUGCCUGCGUUGGAUUCUUAGCUCCGCUAUUACUUGGGGCAAUAAAGUCGGCCGAGCGACCGAUCUCCAGAAUCACGAGUUACAACAAGCCGGCGCCUGGACCCCCGACCCUGGGUACGAGUCCAAAAGUUACAUUUUCCCCCACGCCAUCUAUGGAUUCUUGGGGAAAACACUUCCAGUCGCUAUUUAUCACAACCCGCCUUGGCACUUCGAAGUGACCGAAAUCGAUUCAAAUUUCAAUUCCAAGCGGCACUGGGACGGAUUGGUCGUGAAUAUCAUCAAUGAAUUAUCUAGGAAUCUUAACUUUACAAUCGAAUACGUCGCGAUCGAAGCGCCACCUGCACUAAUGGCAGUAAAAAAUGAUCCAAAAAAAUCCGUGAUGUCAGCGGCAGAAAAAGUGCCCGCGGCUGUGACGGAACUUGUGCGCAACCGCAAUGUCUUGAUGGCCGCUUGUUCCUACGCGACCAAAAUGUACACGAACGACCGGUCGAUUAAAUUCACAAAAUUUAUAGCGACUCAGAGCUACGGUCUCUUGUCUCCGAAACCCAAACCGAUGACCAGGACACUUUUGUUCACUACCCCGUUCUCCAAUGAAGCAUGGGCGUGUCUGGCGUCAUCAAUACUCCUAGUGGGUCCGAUUCUGUACUUAGUUCAUACAUUCAGUCCCCGGAAAGCCGACGAGCAGAUUCGGGAUCCAGAUUCGACGGAGAUGUCGGGGCUCGGAUCUUUAUCUAGGUGCGUCUGGUACAUCUACGGCGCUUUGUUACAGCAAGGAGGCAUGCACUUGCCGGCAACAGAUGGCGCCCGGUUGAUAGUCGGAACCUGGUGGCUAGUGGUCAUGAUCAUCGUCGCAACAUAUUCAGGAACUCUGGUCGCGUUUUUGACGUUCCCGCGCAUGGAACCGCCGGUUGAUACCGUGGACGUUUUGCUGGCUCGUCGGGAAGAGUUUACUUGGAGUAUUCCUACUGGAAGUUUCUUAGAAAACAUCCUGAGCGAAAGUUCUAGCGAUGAGUUCAUCAACUACCGGAGUCUUCUGCCGGAAUAUGAUGGGCAUGCGAGACACCACGAGACUGUCAGCUACGAAGACAAUGUGGAGAUGGUAAAAAAUGGCGGGCAUGUGCUGAUCGAUUGGACAACUGCGCUGAUGACUUCCCAGCGGACGUAUCAUAUUUAUUCUGGAGAGUGUUUGUUUCUUGUUUCUACUGAUGUGCUGGAAAUAGUGGAGCCUAUCGCGAUGGCAGUACCCGCUGACAGCCCGUAUUUGGGUCUUAUUGAUGUCCAAUUGCAGAGAAUGCAUGAAGCUGGACUGAUUGCCGAGUGGAGUGACAACUGGAUGCCUACCAGAGACGAAUGUCUGGAUGACAGUAUGAUGGAGAGCCAGGAAACUUCGAAUCAUACGGUUGACUUUUACGACAUGCAAGGAAUUUUUUUCGUUUUAUUUCUUGGUUAUUUACUCGGCGCGAUCGUUUUAGCCUGCGAAUUUUAUCGCCAGUAUCGCAAGAUGAACAAAGAACGCAAUCUCAUUCGUCCUUUUUUCCACUGAUCCUUGAUUACUUAACAAACUUUAUACAUAUAUAUAAACUCAUACAUUUAAC